AGGAUUCCUGUUUAAUAACUGUGGGUGUAAAGUGACACUGCAGCAGCUGACCUCAGAUCAGUGGUCCUCUGACACACCGACACAGCUAAAGUCUACUGGUGAAGCUCUCCUUUACUUUAGCUGGGACACUCAAACCAGCAGUGGUGGAUCCAGGUUAGUUUACUUCACUACAGCUAACCCACCUUCAUCUCAGAGGAGGACUGACUGAGCUCCAGAGAGAGGAACAGAAGAAAAAGUAUAAUACAGAAGAAGAAGAAGAAGAAGAAGAAGAAGAAGAAGAAGAAGAAGAAGAAGAAGAAGAAGAAGAAGAAGAAGAAGAAGAAGAAGAAGAAGAAGAAGAAGAAGAAGAUGAGGGAGAUUGUUCACCUGCAGGCCGGUCAGUGUGGGAACCAGAUUGGGACGAAGUUCUGGGAGGUGAUCAGCGAUGAACACGGCAUCGACCCGUCAGGCUGCUUCGUCGGAGACUCGUCUCUGCAGCUCGACCGGAUCAACGUGUACUACAACGAGGCUUCCUCACAUAAAUACGUCCCCCGUGCUGUGCUGGUGGACCUGGAACCAGGAACCAUGGACAGUGUUCGCUCCGGAGCCUUCGGACAACUUUUCAGACCGGACAACUUCAUCUUCGGUCAGACGGGGGCGGGGAAUAACUGGGCCAAAGGUCACUACACGGAGGGGGCGGAGCUCGUGGACUCAGUGCUGGACAUCGUGAGGAAAGAGAGCGAGAGCUGCGACUGUUUACAGGGCUUCCAGCUGACCCACUCCCUGGGGGGGGGCACAGGGUCGGGGAUGGGCACCCUGCUGAUCAGUAAGAUCAGGGAGGAGUAUCCGGACCGGAUCAUGAACACCUUCAGCGUCAUGCCCUCCCCCAAGGUGUCUGACACGGUGGUGGAGCCGUACAACGCCACGCUGUCCGUGCACCAGCUGGUGGAAAACACAGACGAGUCGUACUGCAUCGACAACGAGGCGCUGUACGAUAUCUGCUUCCGGACGCUGAAGCUGACCACGCCGACGUACGGAGACCUGAACCACCUGGUGUCGGCCACGAUGAGCGGGGUCACGACCUCGCUGCGGUUCCCCGGCCAGCUGAACGCUGACCUGCGGAAGCUGGCCGUGAACAUGGUGCCGUUUCCCAGACUGCACUUCUUCAUGCCGGGCUUUGCGCCGCUGACGGCCCGCGGCAGCCAGCAGUACCGCGCGCUGACGGUCCCUGAACUCACCGCACAGAUGUUCGACGCCAGGAACAUGAUGGCAGCGUGCGACCCGCGCCACGGCAGGUACUUGACGGUGGCGGCCAUUUUCAGAGGCAGGAUGUCCAUGAAGGAGGUGGACGAGCAAAUGCUGAACAUCCAGAACAAGAACAGCAGCUUCUUCGUAGAGUGGAUCCCCAACAACGUGAAGGUGGCCGUCUGCGACAUCGCGCCCCGAGGACUGAAGAUGGCCUCUACCUUCAUCGGGAACAGCACGGCGAUCCAGGAGCUCUUCAAGAGGAUAUCGGAGCAGUUCUCCGCCAUGUUCCGCAGGAAGGCCUUCCUGCACUGGUUCACCGGGGAGGGCAUGGACGAGAUGGAGUUCACAGAGGCUGAGAGCAACAUGAACGACCUGGUGUCCGAGUACCAGCAGUACCAGGAGGCCACGGCCAGCGAGGGGGACCAGGACUUCCACAGUGAUGAGGAGGAACAGGAGGACGAGUAAGGAGUAUCGCAGCUGGCAUGCAGAACGGGAGUUUGACGAGCCAAUCAGAGAGCAGGAAGACGGUUUUAGCCCAAUCAACUGACAGCGGGGGCGGGACAAGUCAAUCAGUUUUUGAUGAUGUGUGAAUUCACAGUAGCAUUUUUUCAUUCUCCACUUUAUAUCUGGAACUGGAGGAACUUUUUUUUGUCAAUAAAUCAUAAUGUCAAUAACA